AAAACUUUUUACCACUCGCGCAGAUCUCAUUUCAACAAAAUGGGCUCACGGUUCCGACAGUUGCACAGCAAAUAUGGCUUCGACCACUAAGAAGGCUACGGAGGUUGCAGCAAUAUUGAAGCUGAAGCCGCAUCCCGACGGAGGAUUCUACUCGGAAACCUUAAGAGAUUCUUCGGUCAUUGUCCCUAAAUCUCAACUUCCACCCCGAUACAAGGUUGAGCGUCCUGUCAGCACGUCCGUUUACUUCUUGCUGCCAUCAGGGAGUGUAGCAUGUUUCCACCGUAUCCCAUGUGCAGAAACCUUUCAUUUUUACAUGGGGGAACCUCUAACGGUAGUGGAGCUGAAAGAUGAUGGGACAGUGAAGAUGACGAACCUUGGAAACGACCUAGAAUCUGGCCAGCGACCACAAUACACUGUACCCCCUGAUGUAUGGUUUGGUUCAUACCCCACGAGGGACAUUGUCAUUUCCGAAGAUGGUAAUUCACUGGUCAAGGCUCCCACCAGGGAUGCUGAGAGCCAUUACUCCCUACUUGGGGUUACCUGUGCACCUGCUUUCCAAUUUGAGGACUCUGAGGUGGCAAAACGUUCUGAACUUGUUGCACGGUUUCUAUCAAAGGAGCAUUUGAUCUGUUACCUCACUUACCCUGACUGAACAGUAUCCUAUCUAUGAUUUUUCUGGGCUUUUUGAUACUGAGCUGUCAGCUUUCCCAAUGAUCUUCUCCAAUUUCUUAGAUAUUGCCAAGAUGCAAAGUAAUUUGAAUACAUGGGAAUGACAGGGAAAUUCAUACAAA